GACCCCGGAUUUCUUAAGUAAACUGGUAUUAGUUUUACACCAUGGUGUCGGUCUACUAUACAGCAUUUGAGCCCAAAGAUCCCAGGCUCCAGCGCGUCUUUUGUGCGAGCAGAUCAGGUGACAUGCCUGUGCUGUAUUUUAUGAAAAACGCACACAUCACUCUGUCUUCUCCUCAUCCUUAUUCAAGGCAUUGCUCGGGAAUUAUACACGUCUAUACGACCCAUGGUUCAGGAUACACCACACCGCCGCAAGUCGAGAAUAGGACCCGGCCUGCUUCUAAAGCGCUCUGUCGGACACGGAAGCGCGUCUACAACAGCAAGUGAUGCCGGCCACAUACUUUUCAACUCAAUAAGGCAUGAUCAUGAUGGCAACCCUCUCCGGCGUUCACAGCAUCAGAGCCCACAAGACCCCUCUUCAGGCACAUCUCUCUUCUCCCGCCAGCAGCAACAACAGGAGGAGCAUGAACAACAGCACUCAGCACUGGCGCCAUUCCAGUCCAUCUCCCAGCAACUCGAGGAUCCUGUUGAUCAACUUUCGUCCGCCGUGAACCAACUCGAGGAAAAACUUGCUGCCGUGGCGGAUAUCCAUGCAGGCCUGGCAUACUUUAAUGAAUCAUUUGGCGCAUUCCUAUACGGCCUUAAAAUGAUUGCGGAAGAUGUGGAGUGGACAGAGGCACCUACGAAGCGAUCGUUCGAAAGGAUGGAGCAACGAGAGGCGGAGGCAAUCAUGCUUCAGCAGCAGCAAGAGGAACUGGAGCGGAUAAGAAGCCAGCAGAUCUUGGAGCAACAACAGGAGCAGGAGCGACAGAGGAUUGAAGCAGAGAGGCUGGAAGCGGAGCGUAUAAAAGCAUCGCUCUCUAAUCCUUACAACAGCCAUGACGACAGGACCAAUGGACGGGACACAAGUCGACAGAGACGGCCUGGUACUACUGGAGUAGGUGCAGGAGCAAAGGGAAAAGGCGUCACAGCAUCCAGAAUCCCUGCGAGACCCAACAGCUCCAUUGCAGGUGCGUCAAGAGUCGGAGCUGGAGGAGGGGUACGAAAGCUGGUGGGAAAACUGGUUAUGAAGCGCAUGGCUGAACGGCUACCUCUUCGAUAUCGCGACGAGCCACACCGUGGACCGAUUGAAGCCAUUAUGCGGUCUCUGGCUGAACAUAUUGAGGGUCAAGCCCUACCGGAACUGGUCGCAGUGGCGGGUGUAGCACGGCAUCGAUGCAACGAAUACCUGACGUUACUGGCCCAAGUAAAGGAGGUUGUCAAGUCCAAUCAAAAAGGGGGAGUCUUAUACUCAUUGAAUCCGGAUCGGUAUCCCAGUCGGUGAACGACCAUGACAAAAGAUGACUGAUGCUUGACGGGUGACCAUCUGUAGGACCUGCCGCCAAUGGUUCCAUGGCUUCGUUUGCUCGUGUCUCUCGCCUUUUUCUCUUUCUCCUUCACUUACCGUAGUAGACAUAUGGACAGCUUUGUAUUUUUAUCUCAAGUACUAUUUAAUAUAACCGCGGCAAUGGCACGUCGGCUAAUCGCUA